UGAGAUGCUCUAUUCUUUCCAGCAUCACUUCAAAAACAACUUGUUUUCUGUUCAGAAAUACAAUAUUUAAAUACAAUGAAUGUGAGUUUUCUGUUACUGAUGCUUGCAUCAUUCGUACUGAAAACAUCACCUUUGCAUCUGAUAGAUCUCCCUCCGAUGGAAUGUUCUCAAAAGGGACUAGCCUGCAAGGUUCAAGUAGGUAACUGCUCAGAUGAGGGUUGGGUGAUGCCAAGGUAUACAGUCCCAGGGUUUCCUCAAGUAACUUCAACUAAAGUAACUGCUUACAAGGAUAAGAGUGGACAGUUUGUGCCAAUUCUAAACCUUACAUGGAGUCAGUUACCUGAUGGAACGAUAUUUUCCCUAAAAGGUACUGAAAUGCGUGUGGUUGAAAUGGCCACAAAUGACAGUGUAUGUGUUCGUUACAUUUUUCUGAACACACUUCCAGAGACAAAAAACCCAAAGUUUGACAUGUGGACUUUUUCUUUGGACAGAGUUGUGGUCAACACAAACUUUAAAUACCAGGUUUUUGUAACCAAUUUGCCAAAGCCAGACAUAGGGAGCCUUACAGCAAUAACCACUAUUACAGUUCCAGAGAACAUUUGGAAUCAUAAACCCUGUUGGUCAGUGGGAAAUAUUAAGAAAAAUGACUUGGCUCUAACUGUCCAUUUCAAAUCAGAAGAGUUUUCAGACCAAUACAUAGUCUCGGUCCACAGCCCUGAUCUUCACCCAGAACCAUCUAAAGUUGUUAAAAAGGACAACCAGACACUUCUCAAACUUACUUUCACACUGGAAGCAUGGCGGAUAACUCACUGCAGUUUGGAGUUGGUGAUUAAGCCACUCUCAGUACAAUACAUGAAUAACUGCUUGAUUUACAGAGAGAAAAUUGAUAUCUGUCCCUAUCUUCCAGAUGCCCCACUUGUUUUUAUUGUUUUGAUAAUACUGGAACCAUUGCUGGCAAUACUGGCUGUGGUUGGUUGCUGCAUUGGAUUUUUGCAGUACAGAAAAUUACAUAAAGAAACGCUAUCCAUAGACAGCUUUACCUGUGCAAAGAGUAAGGUGGAAUGGAAUCCCAUUCAAGAGCAUAAAAAAGUCCUCAUUAUCUACUCUUUGGACCACCCCCUGUACAAAGAGAUCAUCCUAAAGUUAUGUGCCUUCUUGAGGGCUAAAUGUGGCACAGAUGUCACCCUGGAUCUCCUAGAAUCUGCUUGGCUCAGCACAAUCGGAAGAAUUCAGUGGCUGGACAUGCAGAGGGAACGGAUCUCCAAGACUUCAGAUAGAGCUCUGAUCCUGUGCUCUCCAGGUGUGUAUGCAAAGUGGAAGGCCAUGUGUGGUGGGCACAGAGUGAGACUGAAGGAAGAUGAAUGUUCACCAAUUGGAGACAUGCUCACCCCUGCUCUGAGCCUCAUAAUACCGGAUUUUGUUCAAGCUUCAUCUUUUGAGAAGUACAUAGUAGCUUAUUUUGAUGACGUGUGCUGUGAGGACGAUGUUCCAGCACCAUUUAACAUUGUUGUGAAGUACAAGCUGAUGAAGCACUUUGAGGAACUGUACUUCCGAAUCUUGGACAUGGAAAAACAUGAGCCAGGACGGAUUAAAUGCAUCAAGGGUAUUGGAGAGAAUGAUUACUUCAACUGUCCAUCGGGAAAAGCCCUUCAGAAUGCUAUUGAAACUUUUCAAAAUUACCAGCUGAAGAAUCCAAACUGGUUUGAAAUGGAGCUUUUGGGCAAAGAUGAUCAAGAAGAGGCAACCAGCUUCAAAUCGAUCUUCCCAACAGACAUGAACUACAAUCCUGUCACUGAAUGUUAUCAAUUUAUUGAAGAGCAUAAAGCUCAAACACUCAUCAAUAUGAUUAAGUGUCAGAGUAAAGAUGAGCAUGUUUUAAUGACUUCAGUUGAAGAGACAGGCAUACUACUGAAUGAGUAUUCUUCAGUUGGUACCACAGAUUUCCAGUACAGUUGUCCAAAACUGAACAGUUUUACAGCCAUUUGAUAUGAAAGGUUUACCAGCAUAAAAACUGUAGCACACCAUGCUUUAUGCUUACCACAUUUUAUGAAUCUAUUUUUUUUUUAUAUCAGAUUACAGUGACUAUGAUAUUAGAGUUUGUCUAUUUUCAAAUGUUUCAAAUCACAAUCUAUUAUUUUAAGUAAAAAUAACAUGUUAAACAUUACAGAAGUGUGUUGAUGUUGGUAGUAACACGGCAGUGAUGGUUGUUGGGCCUCAUGUAUUCAGAUAGAAGACAAAGGCAGGCCUAACACAGUCGUAAAACCUAACUCAGGCCCCCACAUACCAAGUCAUAAAUUAUACCGAUAAAAAUCGUGCCAAAAUCAAACAAAGGGAGUCCAAAACAGACUACAAAUCCCAUGAAGCCUUGCUCACUAAAGGAUCGAACUCUCAACUCCUAUUGGAUGAGGCACACGACAGUACGCACCUCAACUAUGACAUCAUCAGGAGUAGAAAUACCUCUGAAAUGCUUCCGGGAUUUGCUUCCAGCAACUUUGCUCACCGUGUGUAGACGCAGCUCAUCGCUGCUCUCAGGUGCAGCCUCAUGGCACAAGGAAGUAACGUCCGACUUGAAACUGUGGCCAUACAAUCUCCAUCUCACUGGACGAGUUGUGUUCCACCGAACACUCUAACGGAUCCGAAGGAGACCACCGAGCAAUCCGCAUCUUCAUCCGUUUUCCUGCAGAAGUGAAGAGAAAAGAUUUCUCUUCCCUCUUCAAUCAAGUCGACAUUGCUGAUUUCUCCGCCAGCCCGCCGAGAAUCAGCAGCUGUACCGCCCGCCGACAGAGCGACGAAACGGCCUCCCGUCAUCACCCGAGCCUCGAGGAACCGAGUCUGAGUUAAAGGAUGGAUGAACACACAUUCUGCAUCCUCAUGCAUUUCAAGUAAGAGAUUUACAUCUGGGCAGAGAUAGAAUAUUAUAGUGUGUUAUUCUUGUGUACCAAGGUUAUUGCUUGUACAGUUUACAGACCACCAUGUCCGCUCAUUAUUAAUAUUCAGGGUAUUAAUUAUCAUGAAUUUGAUUUGCUGUAUUGUGGUCCAACCACACUGGGCUGUUGUGCAUUUCCGCCAUCGCGGGUGAGACCGGCAAACUGAGUUUAUCCAUUAAAGAAUCAAAGACCGGGAUGGUUUACGAGCCGUCCACCGCGUCUCUGAGUGAUAAACUAACAGCUGCUUCCGCUCCCAUGAUCGUGAAACUGGCUUUGGGGCCGUCACUUUAUUCUCUCUCUCUCUCUCUCGUACUAACCACACACACACACACACACACAUGCGCGUGCACGUGCGAUCCCUCACAAACAUUCUCGGACACAUUUUUGGCUAGUAGAUAGCUUCGUGAUAAAGCUCAGCUUUGUCCCUAAGCUAUCGUACAAGCGGAUACACACGGUAACUGGUAGACGCCAUUGACUGGUUUCUCUCCGCCCACAUUCGCGGCCAUAUUCUCUGGCCGGAAGUCUCGCAUGACACACACUCCACGAGAGUCACGUCCGCCAUUUUGUGCACGUCCCUCCUUACACACACACACACACACACACACACACACACACACACACACACACACACACACUCACUCUCACACACACCCUCAUGUGUUAUAAGAUUAUUUUAGUUUCCAUAUCUAAUCAUAUCACUGUUUAGUUUGUAGUUGUAAG